AGCGCUCCAGAGUGUAGACCUAAAAAGGGAAGGGAACAGUCGGUAGCCAUCAUAAUUAAGACCUAAACAGUAGUAACUAGGUUAUAAAGGCUAACGACAGCAGCGGUGCCUGGGAUAUCGCCUUCGGAGACUUUCCGGUCACCGUUGGCGGACUGACCAGAGUCGUGGUGGCAAUUUAAAGGCUGUUCCUGCUCACAAAGCGGCGUGCCGAGGAAGGACGCGUCUCUUUGAAUACACAGGAUGCACGGACCGCCCUCCGGCGACAGCGCAUGCCCAUUGCGCACGAUCAAGAGAGUUCAAUUCGGCAUCAUCAGCCCAGAUGAGCUUAAACGGAUGUCCGUUACUGAAGGGGGAAUCAAGUACCCCGAAACAACAGAGGGAGGCCGUCCUAAACUUGGUGGCCUUAUGGAUCCGAGACAAGGGGUCAUAGAACGGACAGGAAGAUGUCAGACAUGUGCAGGCAACAUGACAGAAUGCCCCGGCCACUUUGGGCACAUAGAACUGGCAAAGCCCGUUUUUCAUGUCGGCUUCGUAAACAAGAUAAUGAAGGUUCUCCGAUGUGUUUGUUUCUUUUGCUCUAAGUUAUUAGUGGAUUCGAACAAUCCAAAGAUCAAAGACAUCCUUAUAAAAUCGAAAGGACAGCCAAGGAAACGUUUGACACAUGUGUACGAGCUGUGCAAAGGAAAAAACAUCUGCGAAGGAGGAGAGGAGAUGGACAACAAAUUUGGAAUGGAACAGCAGGAGACCGAGGAGGACAUCAGCAAGGAGAAGGGCCACGGUGGCUGCGGGCGCUACCAGCCGCGCAUCAGGCGCUCCGGCUUGGAGCUGUACGCCGAGUGGAAGCACGUCAACGAGGAUUCGCAGGAGAAGAAGAUCCUGCUGAACCCCGAGCGCGUGCACGAGAUCUUCAAGCGCAUCUCGGACGAAGAGGACGUCAUCUUGGGCAUGGACCCCAAGUUCGCCCGGCCGGAAUGGAUGAUUGUAACUGUGUUGCCGGUGCCCCCGCUGGCUGUCAGGCCCGCUGUAGUUAUGCAGGGGUCUGCUCGCAACCAGGAUGACUUGACCCACAAGCUGGCUGACAUAGUCAAAAUCAACAACCAGCUGAGGAGAAACGAGCAGAGUGGUGCUGCAGCUCACGUCAUAGCUGAAGAUGUCAAACUGCUCCAGUUUCAUGUGGCCACCAUGAUUGACAACGAAUUGCCCGGCCUGCCAAGGGCAAUGCAAAAGUCGGGCCGCCCUCUCAAAUCCUUAAAGCAGCGUCUAAAGGGGAAGGAAGGGCGAGUCCGAGGUAACCUCAUGGGCAAGCGCGUGGACUUCUCGGCGCGAACCGUCAUCACCCCAGACCCCAACCUGCAAAUCGACCAAGUGGGCGUCCCCCGAUCCAUAGCAGCCAAUAUGACCUUCCCGGAAAUAGUCACACCCUUCAACAUCGACAGGUUACAAGAGCUGGUGCGAAGAGGGAACAGCCAGUACCCGGGGGCCAAGUACAUCAUUCGCGACAACGGGGACCGAAUUGACCUUCGCUUCCACCCAAAACCAAGUGACCUUCACCUCCAGAUCGGCUACAAGGUGGAAAGACACAUGUGUGACGGGGACAUCAUCAUCUUUAACAGGCAACCUACACUACAUAAAAUGUCCAUGAUGGGGCACAGGGUGCGGAUUCUGCCCUGGUCCACAUUUCGACUCAACCUCAGCGUCACCACGCCAUACAACGCCGACUUCGACGGGGACGAGAUGAACCUCCACCUGCCCCAGUCCCUCGAGACCAGGGCGGAGAUCCAGGAGCUGGCCAUGGUGCCGCGCAUGAUCGUCACGCCGCAGUCCAACCGGCCCGUCAUGGGCAUCGUGCAGGACACCCUCACGGCCGUCCGCAAGUUCACCAAAAGAGACGUCUUCUUAGAGCGGGGCGAAGUGAUGAACCUGCUCAUGUUCCUCUCCACCUGGGACGGGAAAGUGCCUCAGCCGGCCAUCCUGAAGCCCCGUCCUCUGUGGACGGGCAAGCAGAUCUUCAGCCUGAUCAUUCCCGGACACAUCAACGUGAUCCGCACACACAGCACCCAUCCCGACGAGGAGGACAGCGGCCCGUACAAGCACAUCUCGCCCGGCGACACCAAGGUCAUAGUGGAGAACGGCGAGUUGAUCAUGGGGAUCCUCUGUAAGAAGUCUCUGGGAACCUCGGCCGGCUCCCUCGUCCACAUCUCCUACCUGGAGAUGGGCCACGACAUCACCCGGCUCUUCUACUCCAACAUUCAGACUGUGGUCAACAACUGGCUGCUCAUCGAGGGUCAUUCCAUUGGUAUUGGGGACUCAAUUGCUGAUGCAAAGACCUACCUUGACAUCCAGAACACCAUCAAGAAAGCCAAACAGGAUGUGAUAGAGGUCAUCGAGAAAGCCCACAACAACGAGCUGGAGCCGACCCCCGGUAACACACUGAGGCAGACCUUUGAGAACCAGGUGAAUCGCAUCCUCAACGACGCCCGUGACAAGACAGGAUCCUCGGCCCAGAAGUCUCUGUCCGAGUACAACAACUUCAAGUCCAUGGUGGUGGCCGGUUCCAAGGGAUCCAAGAUUAACAUCUCACAGGUCAUUGCCGUGGUGGGGCAGCAGAACGUGGAGGGUAAGCGAAUCCCCUUUGGCUUCAAACACCGCACGCUGCCUCACUUCAUCAAGGACGAUUACGGCCCCGAGAGCAGGGGCUUCGUGGAGAACUCUUACCUGGCCGGCUUGACUCCGACGGAGUUCUUCUUCCACGCCAUGGGAGGCCGAGAGGGCCUCAUCGACACAGCCGUCAAGACGGCCGAGACCGGUUACAUCCAGCGGCGUCUGAUCAAGUCCAUGGAGUCUGUGAUGGUGAAGUACGACGGCACGGUGCGUAACUCCAUCAACCAGGUGGUCCAGUUGCGUUACGGCGAGGACGGCCUGGCGGGAGAGAACGUGGAGUUCCAAAACGUGGCGACGCUCAAGCCCUCGCACAAGGCCUUUGAAAAGAAGUUCAGGUUUGAUUGCAGCAACGAGCGAGCGCUGAGGCGGACGCUGCAAGAAGACGUCGUGAAAGACGUGAUGACCAACGCCCACGUGCAGGGUUCGCUGGAGAGGGAAUUUGAAAAGAUGAAGGAGGACAGAGAGGUCCUCCGAGCCAUUUUCCCUACUGGGGACAGUAAGGUGGUGCUGCCAUGCAACCUGGCCAGAAUGAUCUGGAACGCUCAGAAGAUCUUCCGCAUUAACAUCAGAACCCCGACAGACCUCAAUCCUUUAAGGGUGGUCGAGGGCCUCCAGGACCUGAGUAAGAAGCUUGUGAUCGUCAACGGCGACGACCCGCUGAGUCGACAGGCCCAGCAGAACGCCACCCUGCUCUUCAACAUUCACCUGCGCUCCACGCUGUGCUCCAAGCGCAUGACGGAGGAGUUCCGCCUCACCACGGAGGCUUACGACUGGCUGCUGGGAGAGAUCGAGACCAAGUUCAACCAGUCCAUUGCUCACCCGGGGGAGAUGGUCGGCGCCCUGGCUGCUCAGUCCCUGGGAGAGCCGGCCACCCAGAUGACCCUGAACACCUUCCACUACGCCGGCGUGUCGGCCAAGAACGUGACGCUCGGCGUGCCCCGCCUGAAGGAGCUGAUCAACAUCUCCAAGAGGCCCAAAACGCCCUCGCUGACGGUCUUCCUGCUGGGUCAGGCGGCCCGCGACGCCGAGCGCGCCAAGGACAUCCUGUGCCGGCUGGAGCACACCACGCUGCGGAAGGUGACGGCCAACACCGCCAUCUACUACGACCCCAACCCCCAGAACACGGUGGUGUCGGAGGACCAGGAGUGGGUGAACGUGUACUACGAGAUGCCCGACUUUGACGUGACGCGCAUCUCCCCGUGGCUGCUGCGCAUCGAGCUCGACCGCAAGCACAUGACGGAUCGCAAGCUGACCAUGGAGCAGAUCGCCGAGAAGAUCAACGCGGGUUUCGGAGAUGACCUCAACUGCAUCUUCAACGACGACAACGCCGAGAAGCUCGUUCUGCGAAUCAGAAUCAUGAACAGCGAUGAGAAUAAGUUCCAAGAGGAUGAGGAAGUAGUGGACAAGAUGGAUGAUGACGUGUUCUUGAGGUGCAUCGAGUCCAACAUGCUGACAGACAUGACCCUGCAGGGCAUUGAGCAGAUCAGCAAGGUGUACAUGCACCUGCCCCAGACCGACAAUAAGAAGAAGAUCAUCAUCACGGAGGACGGCGAGUUCAAGGCCAUGCAGGAGUGGAUCCUGGAAACGGACGGCGUGAGCCUCAUGAGGGUCCUCAGUGAGAAGGACGUGGACCCCGUCCGGACCACCUCCAACGACAUCGUGGAGAUCUUUACGGUGCUGGGCAUCGAGGCGGUGCGAAAGGCUCUGGAGAGGGAGUUGAACCACGUCAUCUCCUUCGACGGCUCCUACGUCAACUACCGCCACUUGUCGCUGCUGUGCGACACCAUGACCUGCCGCGGUCACCUGAUGGCCAUCACGCGUCACGGCAUCAACCGCCAAGACACGGGGCCCCUCAUGAAGUGUUCCUUUGAGGAGACGGUGGACGUGCUGAUGGAGGCGUCGGCCCACGCCGAGAGCGACCCCAUGAAGGGGGUGUCUGAGAACAUCAUGCUCGGCCAGCUCGCCCCGGCGGGGACGGGAUGCUUCGACCUGCUGCUGGAUGCCGAGAAGUGCAAAUACGGCAUGGAGAUCCCCACCAACAUUCCCGGCAUCAGCGUGGCUGGACCCACCGGAAUGUUCUUUGGCACGGUGCCGAGUCCCAUGAGCGGCAUGUCGCCAGCCAUGACCCCCUGGAACACCGGGGCGACGCCGGCCUACGGCGCCUGGUCUCCCAGUGUCGGAAGUGGCAUGACGCCCGGAGCUGCCGGUUUCUCUCCCAGCGCGGCGUCCGACGCCAGUGGCUUCUCCCCAGGUUACUCCCCGGCCUGGUCCCCCACCCCCGGGUCCCCAGGGUCCCCGGGGCCCGCCAGCCCGUACAUCCCGUCUCCAGGUGGAGCCAUGUCGCCCAACUACUCCCCCACGUCUCCGGCCUACGAGCCUCGCUCCCCCGGAGGCUACACCCCCCAGAGCCCCGGCUACUCCCCCACCUCUCCCUCCUACUCCCCCACCUCUCCCUCUUACUCCCCCACCAGCCCCAACUACAGCCCGACGUCUCCCUCCUACUCGCCCACCUCGCCCAGUUACUCCCCGACGUCACCGUCCUACUCCCCCACGUCUCCGUCCUACUCCCCCACGUCUCCCUCCUACUCUCCCACGUCUCCGUCCUACUCCCCCACCUCCCCGUCCUACUCCCCCACCUCGCCGAGCUACAGCCCGACGUCGCCGAGCUACAGCCCGACGUCCCCCAGCUACUCGCCCACCUCGCCUUCCUACUCGCCCACCUCGCCCUCCUAUUCUCCGACCUCUCCCUCUUACUCCCCCACCUCCCCGUCCUACUCCCCCACCUCUCCCUCCUACUCGCCGACCAGCCCGAGCUACAGCCCGACAUCGCCAAACUACACGCCCACGUCGCCCAGUUACUCCCCCACGUCUCCUUCCUACUCGCCUACGUCGCCCUCCUACUCCCCGACCUCGCCCAAUUACACCCCGACCAGCCCCAACUACUCCCCCACCUCUCCGUCCUACUCCCCCACCUCUCCGUCCUACUCCCCUUCCAGUCCCCGCUUCACCCCGCAGUCGCCCACCUACACGCCCAGCUCUCCCUCCUACAGCCCCAGCUCUCCCUCCUACUCCCCCACCUCCCCCAAAUACACCCCGACUUCACCCUCAUACAGCCCCAUCCCGGAGUACACCCCCACCUCUCCCAAGUACUCCCCGACAUCGCCAAAGUACUCCCCGACAUCGCCCAAGUACUCGCCGACCUCCCCCACCUACUCCCCGACGACCCCGAAAUACAGCCCCACCUCUCCCACCUACUCCCCCACCUCGCCCACGUACACCCCCACCAGCCCCAAGUACUCGCCCACCUCCCCUACGUACUCGCCCACGUCUCCCAAGUACUCGCCGACGUCUCCCACGUACUCGCCCACUAGCCCCAAGGGCUCCACGUACAGCCCCACGUCGCCCGGGUACAGCCCCACGUCGCCCACCUACAGCCCGGCCAUCAGCCCCGACGACAGCGACGAGGAGAACAACUGAGCCGCGGAGGAGGAGGCGGCGAUGGGGGGGCAGCUGAAGGAGGCGGAAGCCUACAGAAACAACCCCACCCCCCCCCUCCCCCGUCACCUUGCGGAAGGAGAGGGGAGUGGGUGGAGUCACCGGAAGGACAGCACCUGUAACCAGCUGGAAGUGGCGAUGCUUUGAGCCACGGGGGGGGGGGGGGGGUCUUGAGUGGGAUUGUUUUUUUUCUUUGGGGGCCAAACCUCUGAUAUGCUCCCGUCUUUACCAAUUAACCCCCCCCCCCACCUCUGCUCCCUCCUUUACCACAAGAAAUCAGUCAAAUUAUUGUGUGAAAGACUUGACUGCCUGAAGGAAAGAAAAAAAAAAAGCUGCCUUUUUGAAAUAGUUUUUUUUGGGGGGGGGGGGGUUUCAUUUCCACACGAGAUGAGGGACAGAACUGCAGACCCCAAGAGGGAAUGAAAAGGAGAGGACGACACAUAAGGGGGGGGGGGGCUUUUUAACUUAACAGUGUGCUGCAUCCAGUCUCUCUCUCAUUCUCUCGGUGUAGAGUUGUGGAAAUCGUACAUAUUGCCAAAAGCCUUUUUGAAAAGAGGAUUGUAUUUAUCACUAAAGCGUAAGCUCUAAAGCAAAAGUGAGGGCGUCGAGGUCGAGCCUUUGUUUACUGCGUAUUUUCAUCGCGGCGCUGAAGCCCAGGCGACGCCGGUCGGAUCAAAGACGGAGCGUCGGUGUCGGAUUGUCCAAAAGGGAGGAAGUCGGCUGGUCAGCUGACGUGAUAGGGAGAGAGGGAGAGAGGGAGAGAAAGUGGCUUAACUUCAUGGGUAGCCAUCACCCCCACCACCCCCAAAACCCCACGCCCCCUCCCCGCUUUCACUCUCCAAAGACGGAACCAGAAAGAUGUCGUUAUACGCCCACCAGCAACUCGACUUGUGCAUCAAAAGCAAAAAAAACAAAAAACUUUUCCAGAUAAAAUUCUUUCCUUGACGCUGGGAAGUUUAAAGAUUUAUAUGAAAGAAAUAAAUGAUUAUUCUCUUUACCCUUUUUUGUUUCCCUGAGGGACACUAGUUAAGUGUUGCUGCUUUUGUCUUUGUUUGCAUGAGUAGCACAUGUUCAUACAUUUUAAUCGAGCUUUAGGUUGAAAUUGGGUUUUUUUUUUCUUUUUCAAAUCCCUCCCCAGUCUCGGUAAUCUCGGGCCCCCGUUUCCGGAAGCUUUGGACUCCUCCCAUUUAUUUAAGAAAGUGAAAUACUAUUCCGUGUGAAUACGAUUAGAGAAAAACUACAAUUUAUCAUUUAGUUUGUCGGCUUUUCUCUUGUUUGCUUUUGGUGACUGUUUGCAGGCUCGUGCUUGUGUUCUGUGGAUGAAGGGGCAGGGGACACUGGGGGGGGGGGGGCUUUAAAGAAAGAAAAUUUGUCCCCCUUUCUCAACCAUUUAACUAUUUGUGUUCUACUAACAAACCGCGUGUGAUGACGCUUCAGUUAAAGACAGUCCAGGUUUUUUUUUUUUUUUUUUUCCCCACUUCUCGGGAUGCCAGAGGACAACGUUUGUCCUCCCGCUGGCCUUUUUCUUUUUCAACGACAUUGAACAGUUUGAUUCCACUUGAGCAGAGAUCGUCUGAAGAAAACACUUUUGGACUCUGUUUAUAAAAAAAAUAAAAUAAAAAAGAUUUAAAAAAAAGAAGAAAAAAUCCUUACCCACUACAUUAGUGCGAAUCUUUCUGUUUGAAAAUGGGUGCUUUUCUCACGUGGCUCCACCUGGUUUGAUUCUUAGGGAACCGUCUGUACGCCUGAUGAUGAUGGAAACCCCCCCCCCCCCCCCCCCCGUUCCCCCACUUGUUCCAUCUGAAUUGGUCGGACCAGCUGGGUCUCCCCCCUCUCCCUCUCCCUCUUUCUCCUUCCUCUUCAUCCACAAGUGAUCCUCAUUUCUGAAAUCAGUGUUUUUUUUGUUUUUUUUUCUACCAGUGUAUUUACCAGUGACGAGGGGAAUCCAGGGAGGGAGGGGGGGGGGGGGGGCAGGGCAACGACGUAUUGGAUCUGACUGGGAGUCCUGAGGAGAUGAAACACGGCUAAUAAUGUGUCCUGGUGGACCUGAAGGCCCGAGACGACGUGUGACGCUUUUUGUCCACCAUGUCCUGCAUCUAAUCCUGUGCAGUCCGGUCAAUUCGGGGCCCUCAGGACUCCCAGGUUGUGUGAAUGUAUGUGUGGUUGUGCAGUUGUUGUGCGUCUGAGGGCGAGACAGGGUUUCAAACUGAGGAAAAGACCUCACGCGUCUGGGCAAAGGAAGAUUUAACUUUAAAUUGCCACUGUAUAGAAAUCGAUUCAUUAUUUCUCUCUCUGUAUCUUUGUUUUGUUUUUUGACUUGGAAAAACAUGAAUAAAAGUUUUACUACA